UCCACAAUACCGUCUUGUUCACAGGCUGACAAACGAUUGAAUCAAGUGGUACCACCUCUGUUAAUUUUAUACCUGAGUUCUGUCUCAAAACCGAUUUGGGAGAGCGAAUCAGGAUUUCGCUUGCCUCAAUUCCCCUGUGCAGACUUGGCCACACGCAAGUUGCACCACCAAGUACAGGCAGAGAGUGGCUGGUCCCCCCAGACUACACAACCUACCCACUUAGAACAAAUUCAGAUGCUGACCUGGAUCAAUCUUCCACAAUGGAAUGCAAGUAUCUGAAUUUCCAUGGGCUGCUACUUCCAAGAAUUGCGCACUCUGAAGAGAGUAUAAAAUAUUUCGAGAAUUUUCAAGUCAACGACGACGAUGUCUUCGCCAUCACUUAUCCCAAAUCGGGCACCACAUGGAUGCAGGAGAUUCUGCCUCUGAUCCUUAAUGGAGGGGACUUUACCCCAGUCAAGACGAUUCCAAACUGGGACAGAGUUCCUUGGCUGGAGGAAACACGAGCUGCUCUAGUCAUGGAUAAAAUGACCCCGCCAAGACUGAUGGUGUCACACAUGCCUUAUGAGUUCAUGCCUCCCUCAUUCUUCUCUUCUAAAGCCAAGGCAAUAUAUGUGGCACGCAAUCCUAAAGAUGUUUUAGUCUCAUCGUUCUUUUUCCAUCAAAUGGCCACUUUCCUUGAUGAUCCUGGCACCUUCGAUGAGUUUGUAGAUACAUUUCUGGCAGGGCAAGUGCUGUUUGGGAAGUGGACUGACCAUGUGAAGAGCUGGAGAAAGGCAGAUCUGGGUGAUAGAAUUCUGUACGUCACCUAUGAGGAGAUGGUCAAGGACCUAAAAGGAGUUGUUAGGCGCUUUUCUGACUUCCUUGGUCAAAAGAUGAGCGAGGAGACUCUGGAACAGGUGGUCAGUCAUUGCAGUUUCAACACUAUGAAGACCAAUGCCAUGUCCAACUACUCACUGGUGCCACAAGAGGUGAUGGAUACCAAGAAAUCAACUUUCCUUCGUAAAGGCAUUUCAGGGGACUGGAAAAACCAUUUCAGCCCUGAGCAGGAAGAGAAAUUCACAGCUGCCAUUAGAGAGGAGUUGAGGGGAAGUAACAUUCCGUUUCCCUGGGAUGAAGACCAACCUGUAGCUGUAUGACAACGUCUCAGUAGAUAUUGUUAUUUCUUUUGAAUCACUGAAUGGACUGCAAGACAGUACAUAUACUUGUCAUGUGGAAGAGUCAUGGUAUGCCCUAAUGUCUUAACAUGUAGGAUUAAAAAAAAUACAUUGUACCUCCAAAGCCCUGUAUUUAUAAACUAGGUGCUCUUAGAACCAAGGCAGAGACAUUAGUUUUCCGGCCUUAUAGCAAUUCUUUGUGACAUCAAACGUCAAGAAUGUUUCCUAAAAGCCAUAACGAAGUCAUGGUGGGCUUCAGUCGUUCUUAUUACAAACCAUUAAUUUCAACACAUCCGUGAGACUGUGACACUCGGGUUUGUUGCAAGUGGAUCAUUACAACUCCUCAUUCACUUGCCACCAACAUGAAUGUAGCAGAGUUCUACACUAUACAAAGUCCUCUAUCUGUCAGGCUAUCUAUCCCCCUUUUCUGUUGAAAGUCAAAUGCAAUUUCUAUAGAUAUGGUUUCCUAAACUAAUUCUUAAAAGGCGUUGCCUUUAAAAUAAUCUCACAAGGGAUAUUGCAUGUUUAUCUGUUAUGUCAGUAUUUAGCAUGCAUGUUUUGUGGUGUCAUUUUAGAUUAGAACAUCUUAUUUAGUUGAUUUUUAUAUUCCCCUUUAUUCUUCUUGUCAUUUUAUAGAUAUGUUCUUAUUCAUUUUGAUCAUACAUUUUCCUACAAUUAUGAAUAGAUAUCUUUUAGGUUACUCCUUACCUCAAGUAUUCUUUGAGCAACAGAAGUGAUGAAAAGUCUUUAUACAAAUAAAAUUGUUUAACAUUCUA